AUGGGGAAAAGUGUCAGGACGAUGGGCGUGAAAAACAGUUCAUCAAUUCUAAACAGUGGCAGUAACGGAACAUCCAGAAGUUAUACCAUUGUUUUGGAAGCUAAUGAAGUGAAGACAUUGUCAGUGUUAUCCAGCGCCGAUGUCGCUACCAUGACGUCUUCAUAUUCUGGUGGUCCGACUCCUAGUGCAUUGACGAAGUUAUUUGCUGAUUUACAAUCAUCUGUUGAAGCAUCGCCGACCAAUACGGAACCUUCUACAAUUCCAAGCUUCCAAAUUCAUUCAACUUUGAUUCAAACUGCACAGUCCGAUAUUCGAGGUAAUCAAAUAUAUCAUAUAAAUAUAAAUUUAUAACGUGCAAAACUUAAAACAUUUUUAAGUAAUAUCUUUUAAAUCAAGAAACUCGCUCCCUAAAAUGUUUCAGUCAUUGCUUGUUCACAAAACUUGGGGAAUAGGUUAUAGAAUUAUUGGAAUUGGCUCCAGAGAAAAAAUAAUAUUUUGGCAAUAACGAUUUAAAAGUAAAGAUUUCGAUAAACGUACAAUCAACCUGGAUGCAAAAAAGAUGAGGUAAUUCAGCUUAACUAUUCCUAAACAUAGAAAACCUUAUAUUUUAAUUACAACACACGCUCUAUUUAUAGCAAAGAUAUUGCGCAUCUCAGCUGAAAACUGCAUGGUUGGGAUUGGCGCCUUGGAUAUCCGAAACAAGGAGGAAUGUUUAGAUAAAAUUUCGAAAACUUCUACUUGGCAAGCAUUCAAAUACGGUCUACUCAAUUUCUUUGGUUGUGUUAUUUUGGAGCAGGUGAAUCGCAAAAAGCAAGCAGAAUCAGAAAAAUGCGAGUUUCCUUUCCUUUUAUAUUCUUUGUAAUAUUUUUAUAUGGACGUCCCCCGUGGAAGUCAACUUUUGUAGUUGUCGGAGUCAGAGUCGCUAAAUAAAGUGUGUAUGUAUGUAUGUAUGUAUGUAUGUAUGUAUGUAUGUAUGUAUGUAUGUAUGUAUGUAUGUAUGUAUGUAUGUAUGUAUGUAUGUAUGUAUGUAUGUAUGUAUGUAUGUAUGUAUGUAUGUGUGUAUGUAUGUAUGUAUUCUAUUCUAGGGACCAUAUUCCUCUUUUUCUUGCUUACGUCAAUCGCCAAUAUCCUAACAUUAACUUUACUUGUAAAGUUGAAUCCAAUUGUCAACUUUCCUUCCUUGACAUUAUUAUUACACGAACUAAUGCAAAUGGCCAUUUUGAAACCUCUGUGUUUCGCCAAUUUUAAUAUAGAUCAGUAAUUACGUCAUUGAACAGACACAGUCACGUGAAAGAAAACAGUGGGAAAUAAACACGUUGGUUUUAAGUUCUUUACACGAGGUUUAACGUUCAGAAAUAGGUUUAUAUUUGGCAUAUUGUAAAGUGAUAUAGGCCAAAGAAGUAAGAUCAUGUUGUUUCUUAUUAUUAAUUUACUUUGUUCAGUAGAUAAUUCUUGUAUUUAUAAUUUUGGAUCGAAUACUAACUACUACUAAAUGCUACAACUAUUAUACGAUAUUUGCAAAAUACUUGCGGUCACUUUACAAACCGGUUUCUGAUUCUGGCGAGCCAUAAAUUCGAUUUCAAGCUGACCAGGGCUUAAAGGAUAUUCAGAAAAUGACGGAAGUAACGAUGGAAGCGUUAAACGAAUGUGCAAAAUCGAGUGUUACAAGGGCAGGAAAUGGCUUGGAUUAUUUAUUGAAAAAUGAGAGACCUAUACCGGAAGUUGAGGAAUCACUCGCUAAUUUUGAAGAUUUAUACAAGAAAUUGGUUGAAAAACACGGCGAAUAAAUUCAGUUAGUGGAUGGCGAUGAAGAAUUUGCCACUGAGGAAGAAUGGAUUGAAGAUUGUCAACAGAGGUUUAUGCAGAUAAGGAUCAGAACAAACGAUUAUUUAAAGGUCAAGUCACAAUGUCAGUUUGAAAAUGAAACAAACCCAGAAACAGAUUUAGUGCCCAAUCAAACCGAGACAACUGUUAGUGACAAUGGGUAACAAGAGCAUGACGGUAUCCCUGGGUCUGGUCAACUCCCAUCACACCAAGGUCAACCCCCAUCCUACCAAGGUCAAGACACAUCCCACCAAGGUCAAGAACACAAUAGUCGAAGUUCAUGUAAGGGUGCCCAAAGUAUUUCAAAUGUUCAACCUGUGUGUGGUUUCAAAAUGGAGAAGCCAAAAAUGCCUAGAUUUAGUGGCGAUGUCAGAGAGUACAGUAUUUUUCGAGAUGACUUUAGGCAUGCUAUUGAAUGUAGAUACAGUAAACGAGAUGCAAUGACGUACCAUCGUGCAUGCUUGCAGGGAAAACCCCUAGAGCUUAUUAAAUGAAUUGGUACAGAUUAUGAUGGGGCAUGUCAGUAUUUAGACUCAAUCUAUGGAGACCCCAGAUAUGUGUCGGACCAAGUAAGGGGCGGACCAUUAGAAAUCCCGGGAGGGGGGGUAUAAAAUUUUUGCGGCACGAAUUUUUUUUUCAGUCUCAUGUGUCUGCAGGAAUUUUAUUUAAUGCACUUAACCUCUGCACGAAUUUUUUUUCAAGACUACUUGUACUUUGCUCAUGGCGACCUCCCCCCCCCCACCCGUCGCCAAAAAUAAUUUCGGUCAGUGUACCAUUUUAGGGGUCAAAAUUUUUUUCCGGACAUACCACAUACCAAAAGUUAACACAAAAUUGACAGAAUUUGUCAAUUUUUUUUUUUUAAUGAACUAAAAUUGCCCGACUGUUCAGCGAAUAUUACCCGACUGCCAACUGCCCGGUCAACCUCGUUCCCAGGGUCUCUCCGUCUGUCAUCUGGGAGAGACCCUGGCUGCGGCUGGUCACGUGCCUCCCAGAUUCUAGGAGGUAAAUUUAAUUGUAGCUGUGAGAGGGGUGGGAAAGGAGCGUGUUUGUAGCGUUUUAAAAUUGCAACUGUGGGUGAUGAAAUGUACUGUAAAUUUGCAACAAGAAAUCGUAAAGAGAACUCUUAAAUUAAUAUUUAUAUCGUGACGUUCUACUCUAUAAUCUGGUGUCGAGUUACAAUUCAAGCAAGUUGGAUCAGAUUUCAUUUAAUAUAGACUUGCCAAAGAAAUCACGCUUGCGGCGGCUUGCCGCUUGUGCAGCGUGGCAAUAUUAAACCUACAGGAAAAUAUGUAUCUCCAGACCGAACAGUGUGGUUGUUAUUUAUUUAGUAUUAAAGUCUAUCCUGAUACUUGGACCAAAAAGAAUUUAUUUAUUGAUGAGAUGUGGAAUUGCAACGAAAUAGCGAGAUCUUUUGAUUUCCGAAAUAUCAAAUAUCGCCAACUGUAUCCAGAUUGUUGAUCUAUAUAAAGACCUUAUAAAAAAAAAAAAAAUUAAAGCCAUUUGCAUUAAUUCUAGAGGGAAAUGUACCGUCUGAAGAAAGAUCAAGUGUUAAGUUUUUGGAAGGUGACUCCAAAGACAAGAUUCCAGUUGUUGUCUGGAACAAUAGUGUUAGGGCUACAGUAUUUGCUUCCCAUUUAGACAAAUAAAAAGGCUGAGGCAAUUCUUUUAUGCGAUAUAUUCUUAAUACGUACGAUUCACUAUACAAAGUAUACAAAUACAAGUAAAUUAUUAGCAAUAAAACUAGACAAAUACAGCACAAAACAAAAAUACACUUACAAGAAAAUAUGCCUCAAUAACCAAAUUGAUCUUGAUCUUCAACAAAUAAACUUGAUUCAUGACUACUAACUUAAAACAACUAACUAAACUAAUAUAAUAAAUAACACAUUUUUAUAGUAUUUUUGGCUAUUUUGGUCAGCGGACUAAUGUUUAUCUAGUGUUGCACUUCAUGUAACCACAUACUUUACAAAUAGUAAGGACGCUUUCACGUUUAAAUGUAAAGCUAAUGAGCUAUCUGUACCGUCACAAGAAAAUUCAAGCGAGUUGAAAUUAACGAAGAGAAAUAUCCUUAGUAAAGUGGCUCGUGUAUUUGAUCCAAUUGGAUUGGCAGCAGCGUUCCUGAUCCGUGCAAAAAUCGUUUUACAACGACUCUGGCAGCAAGGAUUAGAUUGGGACGAAGAACUUUCAUCUGAGGUUUCAAAGUGUUGGACUGAGUUGUUUGCUGAAAUCCAAGACUUGAAUAAUGUCUCGUUCCCAAGAAAUUUAACACCAAUGAACACUGUUGGACUACCGACACUUUGUAUUUUUGCGGACGCGUCUCGAGAUGCAAUUGGAGCAUGUUCUUAUUUACGCUGGGUAAAGUCAAGUGGUAAUUAUGAAAGUCGAUUUAGAUCUGCUAAGUCGAGAGUUGCCCCUCUUAAAUAAUUGACAAUACCUCGCUUGGAGCUACAGGCAGCAGUUCUAGCUAGUCGAUUGUACAAGACCGUAACAGAAGAAUAUCGUUUACAGUUCGAGAGAGUUAUUUUCUUUACGGACAGUAUGAUAGUCCUUACAUGGAUUCGUAGUCAGUCAAGAGAAUUCAAACCAUUUGUGUCGAGCAGGGUUGCAGAAAUUCAAACGAAUUGUGAUCCAUCGACAUGGAGACACAUACCAAGUGAGCAAAAUGUAGCCGAUGAUUUAUCGAGAGGCAUUCCAGCGAAAGAUCUAGAACACCGUUGGAAGAAUGGCCCAAAGUUCCUGAAUCAACCCAAAGAAGAAUGGCCUGAACAACCAGCUAUGCCAAUCGAACCCGCGGAACUCGACAAGGAACGUCGAAAUACACAAGCAGACUUUUUGUUAAGCACCGUACCGACAGUAAUUGACCCAACGAAAUUUUCGAAGUGAAAGAGAUUGGUGAGAGUGACUGCGUGGAUCUUACGAUACAUACGAAAUCUACGAUUAAAAACAAAACCGAAGAUAAUGUCGACCCGUUAACAGCUGUUGAGUUAGGACAGGCUGAAGAGUUAUGGAUCAAGACAGCACAAAGAGAGUUACACGAAAGUGUUAAGAAGAAAUUAAAGUGUUCAAUAUGCUUAGUCCAUUCACAGAUGACAAAGAAAUCAUAAAAGUCGGCCGACGAGUGGAUAAAGCUAUGGUAACGUAUAAUUCGAAGCAUUCAGUACUUCUUCCCAAGAAACACCACAUUUCAUACCUGAUUACCAAAGAUGUACAUCAGAUUAAUCACACUGGGAUAGUGUCGACAGCGGCGAAAACAAGAAGAAAAUUUUGGAUUAUCGGAGUGCAAAAAUUGGCAAAGUUAAUCAACAAAAAGUGUAUUUACUGUAAGAAGCGCAUCCAAAGAUUGAAUCGCAAGUUAUGGCUGAACUGCCGAAGAUAAGAUUGGUGCCUCAAACACCUCCAUUUUACCAUACAGCUUGUGACUAUUUCGGUCCGAAAAAAGUCAAAAUUGGAAGAAAUAAAACCACUAAACACUAUGGUGUUUUGUUUACUUGUCUGAACACUCGGGCAGUUCAUUUGGAACUUGCAACAGACUGUUCAACAAUGGAAUUCAUUCAAGUACUUCGAAGAUUCUUCGCGAUUAGAGGUUACCCUUCAUUAAUGUUGAGCGAUAAUGGAACACAACUAGUCGGCGCAGAGAGCGAACUAGCAAAGAUGAUCCAAGGUUGGGAUGUGAAGAAACUCAAGGAGUAUGCAGCAGAUAAAAUAAUAGAGUGGAAAUUCAUUACACCUAAUGCCCACAUCAAAACGGAUGUGCCGAAUCGUUGGUAAAAAGUUGCAAAUUAGCCCUUAAACAAGCUAUGGGAGAUAACCUUCCCACACCAUUUGAAUUGCACACCGUACUGCUUGAAGAAGCAAAUCUGGUAAACCAACGACCAAUUGGUAGACCAAUCAACCACCCCGAUGAUGGUACAUACCUAUGUCCGAAUGACCUUUUAUUAGGAAGUGCUUCCUCGCAUGUUCCACAAGGACCAUUCCUGAAGACAAAGAACCCGCGUCAUAGAGUUGAAUUUCUACAACAGAUUCUUGACUCGUUUUGGAAACGAUGGACCAGAGACGUCUUCCCCUGUUUAGUUUCACGAAAGAAAUGGGAUGUUCAGCGACGCAAUGUCAAAGUCAACGAUAUUGUCAUGUUAGUUGAUUCGAAUGCGGUACGAGGUAACUGGACGAUCGGAAAAAUUAUUGAAGUUCAUCCAGGUAAAGAUGGAAAAAUUCGAAAUGUAACAGUAAAAACACAAUGAGAACACAAUGAGAAUGAGAACAAUGUUCUCAUUGGGGAGGAGGAUGUUUCGCUAAUUUUAAUAUAGACCAGUAAUUACGUCAUUGAACAGACACAGUCACGUGACAGAAAAUAUCGGGAAAUAAACACUUUGGUUUUAAGUUCUUUACUCGAGGUUUAACGUUCAGAAAUAGGUUUAUAUUUGGAAAAUUGUAAAGUGAUAUAGGCCAAAGAAGUAAGUUCAUGUUGUUUCUUAUUAUUAAUUUACUUUAUUCAGUAGAUAAUUCUUGUAUUUUUAAUUUUAGAUCGAAUACUAACUACUACUAAAUGCUACAACUAUUAUACGAUAUUUGGAAAAUAUUUGCGGUCACUUUACAAACCGGUUUCUGAUUCUGGCGAGCCACUCUGUUUAUCGUGAACCUACAUUCACAGAGCUUUUCGCUAAUGUCAUAGCUUCACUCCUGUACAAUUUAAACGUGGUUUAAUAUAUUCACUAUUACACUGCUUUUUCAAUAUUUGCUCUAAACAUGAGAAUUUUCAUUCUCAGAUUGAGUUUUUUAAAAAAAUCCUCAACCGGAACGGUUAUCAUAGUCGUCUCUUUGAUCGUUGUAUUCGACUCUUUCCUGAUAAAACCUUUUAACGCAAGGAUUUUAUAAUCCAUUCUGUAUCAAAGAAAGUAGUGUACAUUUGUCUUCCAUAUACCAAAACACACACUCUCCAAAUCCGUACCCAAACUCAAGGCCUUUACUCUGUAGCCUUCCCACAUAUAAGCAUCAGAAUCGUGUUUUGUCCCACUGCACGUUUGUCCAAUUUUUUCAUGUUCAAUUAAUUAAGGACAAAAUUCCCAAUGCUCUGAGUUCUUAUCUAGAUUAUUCUUUUGAGUGUCGAUGCUGUUCCGCGUCGUAUGUGGCCAAACGGUCCGUCAUCUACAUACACGAGUCUCUGAACACCUGGGUAUUUCUGUCUUACCUGGUAAGACGAGUAGCAGUCCUCACCUUACGAGCAUCUUUUCCAAUCCGAGAAACUCAGGUCAUACUGCUUCUCUUGAUGAUUUUAAGAUCCUAUCGUUCCGUUCCUCUCCAGAUGAACUUCUCGUCCGUUAAAGUCUUCUUAUCUCAAAACGCAGCCUACUUUCAAUCAGCAAGGUAGCUCCAUUCCUCUCUCACUUCUCUCACUUCUUUCCUUUAACCCCCCUCCCCCAUCCUCCGCAUUCCUAUUACCUUGUAAUUUGAUAUUGUAAAUAGUAAUUUAUUCAUAUUUGAAACUCACUGUCGUACUAUAUACAUUUACUCUGAAGAUGGCUCUUUUUCGUACGUUAUGCUGGGCAAUAAUCUUUAUAUUACGAUAUGGUGCGUGGCAGUUCAACUGACAUUUAAGGUCAUUGCUCAGGUAUUGUGCCCGGAAUGAGAAAUUUCUGAAACUUUCCAGAUUUUUAGUUUUUAUGCUAUGUUGUUAAAUAGUUAGUGUCAAAGUUCAAUUUUUCUGUUUGCCGAUUGGUCAAAACCGUGUCACGUGUCGGUCCACAAAACGCCAUGUUCGGCAACCGAUUCGCAAUGAAACAUUUAUUGACCGAUCAAUAAUAAAAUGGGUGCAAUACGCAUGCGUGUCAACCAUGAAGUUCCAAAGUUAAUUUUUUAAACUUUUUAUUAAACUAGUUACGGCGUUCCAUUUAUCCAGUUUUGGUUUCAAAUUAAGUUCACUCCAAUAACAGGUGAAUUAUUCAUACUUUGACAUUUAUAUACUAUUUAACAAACUACUUAUUCACUGACACAUCGGGAAAGCAGUGUGUUUUGUGGCCCCUCAGUAAAUAAGUGAUCAACAUAAUCCAAAAUAGCUGAGGUGAUUGCGGUCCAUCUUGCCAAGCAAGAGCAAACACAAUAGAACAACCAUGCCAAUAUCUUAAGGACCAAUGGCAUUGCAAUUUUCCCGAAUUUGCAAGAUAGCAUCGCGAUCAGAAUAUCACAUGGCAAACAAUUGCGCUCUGUGUUGAUUCGUUAGAAUUAUUUAAAAUUAUAUGUCACCCAUAUAUGUGCAGUAAUACUUAGCCUACCAAUAUGCAUCUUACGAAAUGAAUAUAUUUGUUUUAGUUGGUGAACAGAAGACACCAUCUGUUCUAUCCAGCACCAAUAUGCCAACAACGAUGUCGUCAUUAGUAGGAAAUCUGGUCUCCUCUGCUUUGAAAACGUCAUUUGUCGAGAUUCUUACGUCUAUAACAUCAUCAUCCACCCAUCCUGGGCAUUCGUCGAUCUCAAAUUCGCAAAUAAAUUAUUCUGCAAUUCCAACUACACUGUUGGAUGGUCCAGGUAUUUAAUUUAAACUUGCUGCAUAUUAUUUUUGACCUGCAAAUCUCCAACUUUUUUAACGAGUCCAUUUUCAAGCCCUUUUUACCUCAAAUGUUUCAGUCGGCAAACGUCGCACUUUUUUCGUUGUACUCGCAUUGUACGAUUUGUAAAGGCGGAAUUUUAUGUAGUAGCUACAGUAUGAGCCUCUGGUUUUAUGGACAUUUACAACGGCGAGCGCGCAGCGUGAGCCAUUGUUAAAUGCCCAUAAAGGUCGGUUGCGAAUGGGUUAACGUACUUGUUAUAAUGAAUUCAAUUUAUUUGUAUUCGCUGCCAUUGGGGACAAUCUCACGCUCCAUUAAGAUGCAUUUGAAAUCUGAACUAGUGUUGAUAACAUUCAUUAACAUCCCACCUUCUGAUUUAGUAUUCAUAUAACUUUCAUAGACGUCCCUCUAACAUGACCUCCUGAUCUUUAAUGCGAGUUAGAAGUGUGUACAUUUGACCUAAAUACCGCGUCGUGAUUUGUUUGUAGGCUUAUUAAUUGUAGGCUUAUUAAUACCUUUACUAACUAAGGUUUGCCAAAAUUUUAUCUAAUCGUUUACUGUUACUUUUCAUUCCAAGUAGUUUUUUAAUUAUGAUCCAUAAAAUUUUGCUGCUGCUUCCAAGGACUUUGACAAAAUCAGUUCAUAACACUUCCCUCCUUCUAAUCUCAAACUUCCUGAGUCCACAAUAAAAUUAUUAGUAAGUUUUGUUCUUUAAAUCUUUCCGAAUUGUGGACCGAGCAGCAAAGUCGCUCGACUUGGUGAGGGUAUUUCCAUAUUGAGUAUCCAAAGAGCGCAUGUUAUAGGAAUGUGUGUUUCAUGUAUAGCGUGGGGUAGUUGAAUGUUUCUGAUUGUGCAAAUAAUGUAAACUAAGAGCUAUCCAACUUUAAGUGUACGCGCGCAUAAGUUGGUGAUUGUGUGAUACGUUAAUAUGCAAUCAAAUAUCCUACAAUAUCUCAAGAAAUUGCUCUUCUCCUUGAUUUCGUAACGAAGAGUGCUCGGUACGUUGCAUUCACAAAUUCUUUCACUUAGGUAAAAGUUCAUGUGUUGCCAUUGGUAAUAGUUUUGUAAGGACAUAAUCACAAAAUUACAAAUUAUAGGGCAAAAAAGUUGUUUUAUUUAUCUAGCGGUGAAUGUUUCAAAAGUGCUAUCAUAUUCAGGCAGCAUAAGGACAGCUCCAUCAACAGCAAAAAUUGCCAGAACGAUGGUUGUAAAAACAUCGAAUUCAAUUCAGAACAAUGUCAGUCACGGAACAUCCAAAAGAUAUAUCAGUGUCGUAGAAGCUAGUGGAGAGAUGACGUCGUCACUUUUAUCCCACACCGAUGUGAUUAGAGUGAUGUCUAGAACACUGAUUUCUGGUGCAUUGACGACGGCGUCAUUUAAUGAUAUACCCUCAUCUUUUGCACCAACUUGGACCAAUCCUGUGUCUUCUUCUAUGGAGGGUCUUCAAAAUAAUUCAACUCCAAUUAUAUCUACGCAUUCUGGAACUCAAGGUAUUCAUAUAUAUUUAUAAAUUUAAUUUAUAUUAUUUGAUCAAUCAGAAUGAAGCAAUCUGAUUACCAAACUCCUAUCCAGGGCUUUUGCGCGGUUCAGUGACUAUGGUAUGGGAAGCAAAGGCCCUGAUAAACACUGGUCACGUGACUCCAAAAAUAUUGGACACUUUUGUAACAUGCGCUUGUUAAGGUUAUGUCACCCCGGGCAGGGAUGAACAACUGAGCAUUUGCAAUGUACGAACUAAAUUUAAAAUUAAAAAAUACAAGAUUUUCCUUUGAUUUUUAAAAGAUGAAUGUAUCACAAGUGUUUUAAAAUUCAUAUUUUGAAACAACAGGCAGCAGAUUUUAAGCUUGUAUUUAUUUUAAUGAAAAUUAUAAACUUUGACGUCACAUGGAAUUUGAAUGCUAAAGAUAAAUUAUAUUCUCGUAUAUUUUUCACUAUACAUAUCUUAAUUUCAGCAGAUUCGUUGAUCUCUGUCUGUAUAAUUAGUUUCCUCCGUCUAGUUGUUCCUCCAUCUUUAGCUUCUGGAUGACCCUCUUUCAUGCCUGAUAUAUUUUUUUGGUUAUCUCCAUCCUUCACUAAAAUCAAGAUCUUUUGUUCCAGCCAGCUCAGAGUAUAUUAAAUCUUUCGUAACUGUAGCUGUUCUCUUUGACGUGUAAAAUCGUCAGGCAGUAAUCUCAGUAAAAUACCUAUUUAACUGGCUGACCAUUACAGUAGUCAAAAGUUACUAAAUGAACACAUGCACAAAUUACCUGCCCUCAUACCAAUCCGUUAGUCUCUGACUCAUCCAAUAAAAACUUAACAGAAUAGUACGAUGAUAAUAGGAAGCGUGAAAAUUCCAACCUUACCUAACUUAGAUUAAUUACAUUAACUUUAAGUCAGGUAUUCUUUUCUUUAUCGCCUCAAAACACUGGAUGUUGAUUUUGAUGUUUAAAAAAAUUCCAAUUCCGCCAUAAAUUUUACUGGAGAAAAUGCUUCCCCCACCUCGUUCCAUUAAAUCUCCAUAACCACCAAUUCUACUCAUCCAAGGGGAGUCGUGCACACUAAUAGGAUAAUCAAAUAUGGCAUACUUUGUUACUGUUCUCUGUCCAACCCCAGACAAUUUUACUUGUCAAGGGUAAGGUUAAGUGAAUAAUAAAAAGUGGCUGGAUAUUCUAUUCUUGCUCCAUAUGAUUGAACUUUGGUUGUGAGGAAAAUGUAAAAAUACAAUUACCAGUAAUACUGGCUUUCUUGAAACUAUGUGCAAGCAUAUAAAUAUUAAUUUUUUCCCUCAUGAAUUAUAAUAUUGUUUGCACAAGAAAAUCUGUUGAUUAUAUUUCAUCUAGAAACAGUGUAAAUGUUGAUUGAAUUUGGUAUGUUCACUCUGUGACGAGUGAAAGUGAUAUAUAAUUCAUGCGUAAUAUGGUGAUUUUUGGUUUCAGGAUGUAAAAAAUGAAAUUUACUGACCGAUAAAAUUCAGUGUAGCCGUAUUCUUCAUUAAACCUCUUCAUUUCGGCUUUGUUAAGUUCUACCUCCUCAAUACAAAUAAAACUCUGCAUAGAUAGGAACGAAGAGGUUUUUAAUUUUCCUAGGAAAUUACUGACAUUACUGACAAAAGUAGGACGCAUCAAAACACCCAAUAUUAGUCCUAAUUUUCUAGGCCAGCUGUGAACAAUAUUUCUUCAAUUAUACUGAACAGAAUUUUUUAUGGAAAAGAUCUUUGAUAUGUAAAAUCGAUCUGGAAAAAAAUUCGAUCUUAAAAAAGAGAAUCGAUCUUGUAUGACCUCCUUGCUUUUUUCAAGUACGUGGUCGAAAAAACACCGCGGAAAAACGUCUGCGCAUCCACCAAAUUAUGAAAAUAUGGCGGGGAAUUUGAAUGUCAAUUUCUAAAACAAAAACAUGCUUAUUAAUUGGUCAGACAUUAGUAAAAUAAACAAGAAAAUAUAGCAAAUGGGUAGACUAGACAUUAAUUGAAAGCGUCCUGGCAUUUAAAGUAUGGAAUGAAAUAUAGUUCAUGUAAAAAAUGUUGAUUUUAACGGACACGACUUCGAAAAGUUUUGCAAAAUUAUUCAAAACAAAAAUUCAAACUCAAAAGUUAAGAAAACUCUCGAAAAGUUAAGCUUCUUAACCCACUCAAAUUGUAGAAUAAAUUCUAAAGUUUAAUUAUUGUGAACACGAAAAUUUUUUAUAUUUGGCGACACAGUUUUUUUUAAAGAAAUGUAUCUCAAACGAAAAUUCGGAAAUUGUCAUUGCUUAGUUGAUAAACAAAAUCUUUCAGACGAUAAAUUUGUCAACAAUCACCUUCAGUUCAUGUUCUUGUACAAUACAAUUUCUUGAACCUUCUGGCUGUAUUUAUUUCUAGUUUUUAGAAUGACAUGUUUAUUUUUGCGCUUGAAAUCUGGCUGUAAAGACGUACAAUGAAGUCACUCCUUUUUACCGCCAUUUUGAGCCUUCGGAAACGUUCGGAACAGCUUCUCAUCAAGUUCGCAAUACUAUUACAGGUAAGGUUGACGCAUGCGCAGACGUUUUUCCGCGGUGUUCUGAUAAGGAGGCUCCUGAAGGGGUAAAAUGGGAACUGGGAUUGAUCUAUUUUUAGACUGGGAAAAUGGGAUUUGGGUUGCUGGGACUGGGAUUUGGCCACUGGGAAUGGGAAAUGAAGUCCUCAAAAAUGGGAAUGGGAUUGAGGUAAUGCGAGUCGAUUCCCAAUUUUUCUACGUUUUAAGUAUUUUAAAAUACAAUUUUGGUCUGUUUUUGGUGUCUUUGGUCAUGAUUUUUGUUGUUAACUAUAUUAUUCACAGCACUACCUGCGAACAAGCAUACUAUGGCGCCCGGAAUUCUGGGUUUUCUGAUUAUGCGUGUCUCAGAAUGCUGCAAAUGCCAUUUCCGGAAUUCAAAUUUAAAAAUUUUCCGUGCCUUCGGCACAACCCCCAAAGUUUCAUAAAGUGUGUGCCACUUGCACACACGAUGGCUUAAAAGUCUUAAAACUGUUUAUUGUACUGAUAAAUAAAGGGUUUUUUAUUGACUGGGAUUUCAAUAACUCGGACUGGGAUUUCUAAUAAAAAUUCAACUGGGACUGGGAUUUUGCCAAAAUUUCAGGUGGGAAAUGGGAUUGGGACCCCCCCCCCCCUUCGGGACCCUCUUAAAAGUUUUGUAAAAACGCCCUAUGAUCAUUCUAAAACUCUGUCUAUUCUGCAGAGGACUAUGACGUUGUUGCUGUAACGGAAACGUGGCUGAAUGACAAUAUAUUAGACUCUGAAAUCUUAAGUCAUGGCUACUCCAUUUACCGUCAGGAUGGAGACUCGAGUCAACGAGGAGGUAUUGUUUUACUUGCAGUCAGUCAGAACAUUGAGUCAAUCCGGCGAAAAGAUUUGGAAUGUAACGCAGAGAUGGUUGCGGUUGAAUUAAGUUUAGCUGAAAGCCCAAACCUUAUAAUAUCUGUUUUCUAUAGACCACCAAAAUAACAACUCAUCAUUCAUUGAUGAAUUUGACACAUUUCUAUCGAACACAUCAGGCCUCCCUAAAGCCGGUUUUCCACUUCGCCCGUAUCGUAGCGAAACGUACUGGUGAGCAUACGCAGAUUGAAAAGAGGUAUAUAAAACACGUACUUCCGGUUGUAUUCGCGUAUCAAAAUAAAAAGUUCGUCGCAAGUCAACUUUUUGGCGUACUACGGAAGUACUAACCGAUCAACAUUCACGAAAUUUUGAAAUUUAAAAACGUUCUUGAUACGUUACGGUACGAUAUGCUUGAAGUGGAAAACGGCCUUAAAACUAAACUACUUUAACUUGGGGAUUUCAACUUUCCUAAUAUUUGCUGGUUGGAGAAUGAUGUCUCGCUUACAUCAGACGAGUCUGCAUUUUGUGAAAUAUUAAAAGAUCAUUUCCUCCAACAAGUUCAUUUCAAUCCAACAAUAGUUUCUACCAUGACUUUGACAGCGAACAUUCUUGACCUCAUUAUCACUAAUGAACCUGAUUCUAUUGCUAACGUAGAAGUAAUACAACAAAUGCCAUUUCCAUCGGACCAUUGUCCUGUCUCAUUUGACUUAACUACACAUUUGCCAGGUUUACAAGAGAAACCACGAACUGUGUAUAACUUUAAGAAUGUAGAUUUUGUGGCAAUGAAGCAUAGCCUUGCUCAAACUCAACUUAGUGAUAUAAUUGAUGAACAUUCAACCAUUGAAGUCGCCUAUAAUGAUUGGAUUAACAAGCUAAUGGAAAUUAUUGAUUCUUAUAUUCCCAAAACCAAGCUGAGAGAUAUAAAUACACCACCUUGGAUUAACGGCCCAGUUAUGCAUCUUGUCAGAAAAAAGAAUGAAGCUAGAAAAAAAGUUAUAACAACUAAUAGUAAAAUAUGCCCGGCCACGGUAGGAUUCGAACCUACGACCUUUGGAAUACUAGCCCAAUGCUCUUCCAACUGAGCUACGCGGUCAGGACGGUUCGAGUAAGUGAUAUUUCGGAACAGAAUCUAGUUCCUUCGAUACCAAUGUAUUCUAGUAAUAUGAUUUUUGUGUUGGUGUUGUGUACAUCAGAGUAACAUCACAAAUAUCAUAUUCACCAGAGUACACAACACCAACACAGAAAAAAUCAUAUUACUAGAAUACAUUGGUAUCGAAGGAACUAGAUUCUGUUCCGAAAUAUCACUUACUCGAACCGUCCUGACCGCGUAGCUCAGUUGGAAGAGCAUUGGGCUAGUAUUCCAAAGGUCGUAGGUUCGAAUCCCACCGUGGCCGGGCAUAAUUUUCAAGCUCGCCCGGUGUGGAUAUACACUCAGAGCAACAUCACAAAUAUCAUAUUCACCUGAGUACACAACACCAACACAGAAAAAAAAGAAAAAAAAAACUAAUAGUACUUAUUAUCGCAAAAAUAUCAAUCUCUUCGCCGAUAAUGCAAGUCGCUCAUUCGUUCCAACUACCAGGAGUACAUUGACUCUUUAAAUAUGUCUAUGAGAAAGAAUCCUAAACGAUUUUGGUGUUUCUAUCAGAACAAAAAGAAAUCGCCAUCUAUACCAACAACUGUCAAGUUCUGCAAUCACACCGCUCAGCACCUGACCAAGCCGAGGCAUUUAAUACAUAUAUCCACUCAGUUUUCUCCCUUGAUGACUCUUGCAUAUCGCAUUUACAUGAAGUUCAUCAAACGUGUGAUUUAACAGCAUCCGAUUCCUAUACGUCAUCUCAUCCAUUAGAGGUCUCCGUUGAAGAAGUUGAAAAACUCUUGCGUGAAAUAGAUCCAACUAAAGCGUGUGGUCCUGAUGCUUUUCCUUCCUUUGUACUAAAAGAAUGUGCCUCUGAACUUGCCCCAUCCGCAUGUAAGCUAUUUAAUAAAUCUAUCUCCUCUGGAACGUUUCCUCAGCAAUGGAAAUAAGCCGUAGUCGUACCAAUUCACAAAAAAGGCAAUCGAAACUUUGUGACGAAUUACAGACCCAUUUCACUGCUUUGUAUCCUCUCAAAAGUGCUAGAACGUUGCGUAUUUAACAGGCUUAUUGAUUAUCUCUCACACUGUCUAUCAGAACACCGGCAUGGGUUCCUCUACUGUAACCCAAAUGCUUCGUUUUCUUCACAAGAUCUAGAUUGGCGAGGCUUUUGAUAAAGCCUCCCAAAUAGACAUUAUCUAUCUGGAUCUGUCCAAAGCAUUCGACCCUGUAUCACACUCUCGCCUCCUUUUCAAAAUAAAAAUCAGCUGGUAUUAAAGUUGUUUGUUCUUCUGGCUCUCAGACUACCUAGCUAACAGAGCACAGCGAGUACUUGUAAAAGGUUGCACGUCCAAACUUUUACCAGUAACUUCUGGAGUACCUCAAGGCAGCAUACUUGGGCCACUUUUAUUUAUCUGGUAUAUCAACGACCUGCCCGAUGUUGUAUCUAAAGACACGUUAGUCUACCUGUUUGCAGAUGACACAAAGCUUGUUAGAAUCAACAAUUCACCAUCAGACGUUAGAGAAAUCCAGGAUGAUAUCACUAAAGUAAGCUCUUGGACUAACCAAUGGUCGUUGAAACUCAACUUCGAAAAGUGCGAAUCUCUAUCCGUCACUCGUAAUAGGCAACCAGUGAACAGUGUUUAUGCUAUUAAUGGCAAACCAAUCUCAAAAACCAUAUCUCAGAAAGAUCUAGGUGUGUUAACCACCCCAACUCUAAAAUGGGAUCUUCAUACGUUACAUAUUUGUUCCAAAGCUCAGAAAAUGCUGGGAUUUCUGCACAGAACUUCAGAUUCUCUUUUUAGCAUCGAUGCCAAACGCUCCUUAUACCUAAGCUUAGUCCGUUCCAACUUGGGCUAUGCCAGUGAGGUGUUGUCUGCACUUUCUGGUAAGAAUUUAUGCAUGGUUAAAGGGAUUCAAAGACGCGCAAAAAAUUUAUUCUGGGAUACCACAACUCUUACCAAUCUUACAAAGACAGACUACUAGCAUUGAAACUAUUGCCCGUCUGCUAUUGGCAUGAAAUUAAGGAGCUUGUUUUCUUCUUCAAAAUCAUCAAUGGUUUCUACAAUCCCGUGGCGAUGGUACUAAUUCCGCUCGGCUAUUUUCACCCUGCAGAGAAAGGAAAGCGCUAGCGAAGUCUAAAGUUUAUCAAGAAUCGCUGGCGCGUGGCUAUGCAUGGUUGGUCAUCUCACUGAUCUCAAAAUUAUAGCUGUUUGCCAAGAGUGAAGGAAGCAAAGAUUAAAAAAACAUGCAUCAGUGACAGAGAGCUUGGACAUUUUUUCACACAAACGGUUGUAAAUCACCUUUUUCAAAUUUUAAAGAAAGUUUGAGAAAUCCUCAAGUACCGGGCAAGUUAAUUGUUUUAACUGUUUAUGCAUGACUUUGCUGUCCAUGCCAGCUUUCGGGUUUUUUGCCUGAAGGCCUUCAACAUGUACAGCUUUCCUUUUCAUUCUAUGCCAUGAAAGUUAAGUUGUUUUAUUUUUUUAUAAAGGAAAGAAGAAAAUGAUUUUCAAGAGCUACCUGUAGGAUUUAAAUUUAUUUCAUUUCAAAGUGCGAGUAAUAAGUUGAAGAGUUUACCGGCAAAAAGCAGUUAAUUUCAAUGCACAUUUAAAAACGUUUUACGACGCUUUUCGUGUUGAAUUGUGCAUUAUAAUAAAACCCAUAGAAAGCAAAAUAUCAGACCUACUUUAUAUAUGUUAAAAAUCGAAAGUUCUGUACAAGUCACUUCUGUGGUUAAAAGUGUAACACAUUAAUUUAUUUUCGCUGUUUUUUAACAAAAAAUUAAGAAAACAGUUGACAACUUGCAUGUUAGACUAAAUUUUAAUCUAAUUAAAAAUAGGUUACAGUCCCUUCUGUGCAUGCGCAUGCUUUGUUUACGUUUGUUGUUUUGAAUUUUGAUCCACAUUAAUUAUGUAAGAUGAAGUAUAUGAUAAGUUCAAAACACGUUAAAAUAAAUAUUUCACAUUAUUUGCGACAGAGGAGUGCAAUGUUUGACAAUACUUCGCUGCAUUUCUUGUACAUUUGUACACUGGAAAUUCUUGUGCGCAAUAACACAAUUGUAACUGUAAUACUGUAACUUUUAAAUCUAAAAAUCGUGAAUGAAGAGGCCGCUUUGAACCUUGACUUGAUAGAUCGACAGCUGGAACGGCGAACCGAAAUCCCGAAGGUGUGAGUUCGAAUAAUUUGUGUUUACCUUUGGAGUUUGUGUCUAAUCAUGAAAAUAAUUCAUGCGGUAUAACUCCCUCAAACAUGUUGCCAGAGACCUCUCUCCUCCGCACAAGCCUUUUAAAGGAUAUGAAAUUCGAAGGAAUUGAAAUUGCGCUAGAAGGUAUCUGGUAUGAAGACAACCGCUGAAAAUCGGUGCGCGGGCGAGGGGAAGGGAAGGAAAAUAUAGCGGAAGCCUCUGCCCGAUUUAUGUCCCAAUAUGGCGUUAAACCGGGGGAGGAGAGACUCGUGCAGAUUCUCGAGCAGUUUGACAAAAUGGCUCAGUAUUAUUCAUGUCCACAAAGCCAAUUUACUUUGGCUUUGCGGAGCAGGAAAACGUGUCUUGCUGUCUGUGGUUCACAAACAACAGAUAUAUUUAGUCAAGUAGGCCUUCAACAACAUUACCGAAUUAGACACAGAGGCACAGAAUUCGAUGAUAAUAGUUACAAUUUUUUUUGGCUUUAUAUUUUAAAUUGCCGAUAUAUUUUACAAUGAAGGUGGGUUUUAAUAUAAGAUUUUGAAAAUUACAAGAUUUUUUAUGUUGAAGGCGAUGGUGAGAGCAUGGUGUUGUGUUGUUCAAACGAGAAAGAGGCAGCAAAGUUGUUUGGGUUGUAUUUAGACCAUAAAGUUUCCUUGCCAAAACUAUUUAUUAUUUUCAUUCAUUCAAUCUCAUAA